AUGGCUCUGGUUAUGCCCUGCACAUUUUGUACUUCGAUUCAGCGACAGAGUUUUCCGAUCAAUCGCCGUUAUUCUCGGAAUUUCCGGCGAGGAGCUACGACGAAGUGUGAGUUCCGAAUCCCUGUAGAAGUUUCCAGUCCAACAGAUAGAGGAUCGUCGGUUGUUCCUUCGCACAAGGUCACUGUACACGAUCGACAACGAGGAAUAGUUCAUGAGUUUGAAGUUCCAGAGGAUCAGUACAUAUUGCAUUCAGCUGAAGCUCAGAACAUUAAUCUUCCAUUUGCUUGCAGGCAUGGUUGCUGUACUAGUUGUGCGGUACGUGUAAAAUCUGGAGAGCUGCAGCAGCCGCAAGCAUUGGGAAUAUCAGCAGAACUGAAGUCCCAGGGGUAUGCACUGCUUUGUGUGGGUUUCCCUACAUCUGACCUUGAAGUAGAAACACAAGACGAGGACGAGGUCUACUGGCUACAAUUUGGAAGAUACUUCGCUCGUGGACCAAUUGAGAGAGAUGAUUACGCGCUUGAACUCGCCAUGGGAGACGAGUAG